AUGGCAAUCCUGGGAAUCGCGACGGUGGUGGCCACGACGGUCCUUCCGAUGAUCUUCCCUCCGCCAACGCCCGCACCCCCACCAGAGCCGACUCCUCCGCCGACUCCUCCCCCAACCGCCGCCCCUGGAUCCACCGUCCCGCCUACAGAACCUCCGACUUCCCGUGCUUCCACGGUGAAGACGACGACCGAAAUGGACGUGACGCCCGGAAUCAUCCUGCUCUCCGCCAUCGCCGUGAUCUGCAUCUUCUGCUCGGCACUCGGUGCCUGGUAUCACACAAGGAAGAAGAACCGGGAGAAGGAAGAGGAAGUGGCCGGGCAGCAGGGGUUGGAUGCGGAUCUGGAGAGUGGCACGGUGACCGGGACGACGACUUCGACUGGGUACGGCACGACUACUGGCUCUAGGGGGACGACGACGAGCAGCGGGACAACGGGCACGCGGACCAAGGGAAAGAAGGAGCGGAAGAAGAAGAAGAAGGCGAAGAAGGAGCGAAAGAGACGGACCGAAGAGUACCCGGAUAUCCCUCCGAUGUCUCCGGAUCCGUUGCCGACUCCUCCGGUCCCACCGGUCCCUCCAGUUGACGUUCCUUUGUCCCCUUCUCCAGCAGUCCCGCCAGUCAAUGUUGCUCCGUUGGCUCCAGCUCCCCCGGUCUCACCUACUCUUCCUCGUCAACCGGAGGCUCCUCUCCAACCCUUCAUUCCCAGGCCUUCUCCACUCCCAUCCGCGGAUCCUCCUGUUUUCUCACAAAGUCUUCCGCCGACCCCGGUUCCUCAAGAGGCUCCAACUGCUCCACCCCCGAUUGCUCCCGCGGAAGUUGCCAGUCAGAUGCCCCCGAUGGUUGUGGAACAGCCGAACGUCGAGCCAGGACCAUCCGGACCACCUUCAGCAAUGCCGAAAGUGUAG